AUGCCUAUUGGGCACGAUGCCGAAAUCAAGAGUGUGUCCACGAAGCCCGGCUACCAGCGCAGGAAGACCCUCCCUGCCGUCGUCUCAUCGAAAUCCGAGGCACUGGCAAAGACGCUGGCAACUCAGAGGAGAAUGACCAUUUCGGCUGCCGCUCCCCGGAAUUGGGGCAGGCCUCAGGAGCCGGACAAGUUCUCAUCUCGCGGAUGUCACAUCCGCCAGUCCUCGGAUGACCAAGGCUCGCAGAAGGGCGAUGACUGGUCAGAGGAUACGCUUGGCGAGUUUGAACGGGAAUUCCGCCGCCUUGCGGGCUUGCCUCCCCGAAUGCCGACGCCGCCCAAGUGGGUGCCACCUUGGUGUCGCAACGGUGCGAGGCCGCAUUUGGCGCCUGUGGUUCCAAGCGCAGAUGCUUUACCGCGGUCUCCCAUGCUCUCGCGGCUGGGACCGGUUGAAGAAACUGCCAUGCUCUCCAACGUAUUGAGCACACUGCUUCCAGUUCCGCCAUCGAAGCACUCAAGGCUGCCACGGCUGGCGCACGAACAGGAUGCCGCGUCCGUGCCGAUCUCGCCCGGCAGCCCGUUCAGCAGCGCCUCGAAUGUGGUGUCGGAGGACGAGGAUCGCGAGCGCAGUGAGGUGCUUGCCUUUUGCAGUUCUCUUGUAAGACGAUUUGGCAACACGACCAGGGCGUUUCGUGCGAUGAAGCGGGCAGUGCAAGUUGCCCACGGCACCUGUGCUCGCAAGGCAUCGAGCAGUCAAGCACUGGAGCCUCUGAGCAAGUCGGAGUUCGAAUGGUGCGUGACAUCCCUGAUGCGGCAUGGCAAUCGACACCUGGCCUCGCGCCUGUUCGCAGUAUUGGAGACCGGGAAUGGGAGCAUUCCGGUCUGCAGCUUCAGUCGAAACAUGGACUGGGUCGAGGAUCUCCUGUCGCUCUUCCAAGUUCGGCAGAACUUGCUCGAUCGCUUCGGCUCUUUUGCGGAGAUAGAGGAAGCUCUUCGCUGGGCGGCAUGUCCAGCCAUAAAUGUUGAGACUUUGCAGAGUUGUUCGAAUUCGCUGCAGAGACCUCCGGCUUGCAGCGUCUCGAGACGAGAAUUUGUGGCAGCAGUGAGCUCGCUGGGGGUCACUGCCAGCCAGGCAGUACACCUCUUUUUCCUGCUGGACCACGUUGGUAAGGGUUCGAUCGAGCUGCCGCAGUUUAUACACGCCCUCGAAGAGAUUCCGUCGGAACUUGCUUGGCGAGACCUUCGUCAGCGGCUCUUGCUCAGGAAUGGCUCGAUGGCCGAGGCGCUUCGUUCCGUGACCAACCCCGACCUGUCUGAGUCUGAGCUCGGACGCUACGUGGCGAGAUGCGAGAUUCCAGACUUCCAGCUUGGAGAGGGCAACACUCGCAGCUUGUUAGAGAGCUUCCUGCGCGUGGCCGCACCGGCCAUUCGCCUCCAGGACUUCUGGCAGCGUGUGGCCUCCGAGUGGCCCCAGGUGUUGGAGGCGUCCGCGGCCGCAGCGGCCGCCGGGCGAAGGCGCGGGAAGGAGAAGUUCAAUGUCGAGGACCAGAAGGACGCAACAGCCGAAGCCACGCCUACUCCGCUGCAGGCGUUGCAGCGUCUGGAAGCGCUGCUCGCAGAGCUGUUGCCAGAGUUCCAAGCAUUUCCGGUUCCCCAUGCUUCCACCUUGGACAGCCAAGCUUUGGUCCUGCCUUAUCUGUCCUUCGAGAUGUUCGAUUGCCUGGCUGAGCAUGUUGAUGUCUCGCAGGAAAACGCCAUAGAGCUUUUCCGCUGCAUUGCAUCGAGUGCUGCAGCUUUAGACAGAAAGACGGGCGAAGCACUCGAAUUGGGCCAGCUGGCUGCGACUUCCAUCUUCGUGGAAGACUUCGCCGAGCAGCUCACGAUGUGGUCUGCUUUUGAGCCGAAAGGUUCCAAAAGGGUCAGGGCUGCAGAAAGGGUGCGUCAGGUGGUGGCUCCUGUGAGAGCCGCUAUUUCUGCAUUGAAGGCAGAGCUCACAACUGCAUCAACUGCCGUCCCUUCUCACAGUGAAGAGACCUCGGAGCCACCCUUCCUGGAACCACCGCGCUCGAAGGUGCGAAGGCGCUCACAGCUGCCAUGGUGCGCAUACUACCGCUGUCGCCCUGCUGGCCCUGUCUAG